CGUGUAUGCGCGAUCAAUAAAUUAUUCGGCGCAGGAGAAAUUUGCGCUUGGAAAGAGCGAACGUUCGCCGCAACAAGAUCACUCGUACGAACUGAUCGUUUAGCGUGAUUUUUGCGCGUUCGGUGCUCGGUGACAAUCGGUAUUUUAUCGAGGUGUCGUUAGAAAAUGUGGCGGGAUGCACGUCAUAAGAUAUCUGAAUUUUGACAAGCCGAAAUCAGAUUUGACAUAUUUACAAUCUGCGCUACGGUUCACACCGUAGCAAUUGAUAUCAGACGCGUCAGAUAUUGUAUCAAUCUUCAAGUUUCUUGCAGGUAGACAAGUAUGAAAUAGUAAACAUGCCUCAUGGCUGGAGGCAGGAGCGACGGGAAGCAAAGUGGAAAUUUAGACAAAACGCAUCAGUGGCAUUGCCACCGUCGUCCUGAUUUUCCUGUAAAGCCUGGACCUCCUCUGAGUGAUGGAUUUAAGAAGCAAAAGAGUGCGGAGCACCGUCGCACUGCUGUCAAAAAUAUCAACUUAUUGCAGGACAGCAUAUUGAGAAUAUUUACGGAUUCCUUAUAUUGUGAUCUUAACAUAAUAUAUGGUUAUGAAGUAAUACGAACAAACCAGUGUAUUAUUAAAGCAAGAUCACCACACUUGUACGAAGUUCUCAAGCCUUAUUUUGUUUACACUAACAAAACGAUCCAUUGUAUUCUUGACAAAGUCGGACUUUUUCGUCAAAUUGAAGGCUUCGUAAGGCUUCUAUACAGUAAUUUGGAUUUCACUCAAGAGGAGCAAUCGUUGGUGGAAUUUAUUCUCAAUACAAGUUACGAGUGUCAUUCUUUAAAUGAAUCCACUACUAGUAUUGUAUGUCACAUCGAUGAAAGGAUAUAUGAGAAAUGCUUGACUUCGACCGAUGACGUGCACCAGCACCUGCAAGAGGUAAAAGAAUACGUAACGGAUGCAAUCACCACUUCGUCAGAAAUGGCUGAUUCCGGUCUGGAGACAGGUUCGAUAAGUCCGCAUGAGAAUACGACGUCUGAAAAUAUUAGCUCAGACUUGGAAGUAACACAGGCGGCAGAAUACACCUGCAUUAAUGAUGACAAUUCAGACCGGUUAUGCGAUGAGCGAGUGUGUAACGAGGAAAGCGAUUGCAAGAAGCUUCUGGAUAAUGAACCUUGUGAAUCGCUUAACAACGGCGAUUACCGUGGGAACGGCGUAACUCAGUCCGAGUCAAGCGGCCGUAGCGUGACGUAUUCAUCCUUGGAAGCGGAACAUCAGCCUGCGGACUCCUCGCAGAAUGUUCAGAAGGUGAAAUUGAACGCCGAAGAGAUCUUCCAAUACGAGAGCCGAGUGUUGAGUGAACCGUUUUACGAGUCGGACUGCGGCAGCGACGAGAACGAAUCCUUUGAAUUCGUCGAAUCUGUUCCUUCAGCGAGUGGUGAUUGCGAACAAGCUACCACCACCAAGUGUAAAUCAGAUCAGAAAGUACAAGCUGAUGUUGCAGAAUCGACGAGUAAAUCGGUUGAAACAGAGCUCGAUCGUCCUCGUCCUGCUGACGCGAUUAGUCAUAGUAAUUCCUCUACGAGUGGUUAUUACUUCAUCGAUGCGUCCACCCUAAACGACGAGGUGGUGGACAUCGUACCCACGAGUGUAACAAAGAAUCAUCAUCAAUGCAACAAUCAGGUUGCCAACAACAACAGGUUGCCGUCACACUUCACAUUUUUCUCAGAUUAUAUGACGAAUAAUAAAUCGAAUAGCACCACAGAAGAACAAUCGUGCAAAUUCACGCCGCUUAAGACGCCGACUUUGCAGAGUGGCCAUGAACGAGUAGCGGAGUUCGAACGAGAGCUGAAACUUACCGAAUGUCUGCAUCCACUUCCAGAGUCGCGUAAAGUAAAGCGAGCGGAUUCCGCGUCGGAGGAGAAAGUCGUGGAUGCAAGCAAGCCAGCGGACAAGGAGUCGUUGGCCGUGGAGAUUAAAGAGACAGAUAGCGGGGAGAGCGCACAUCCAUCUCCUUGUCCUGAUAACAACACGAAGAUAAACAACGAUCGAGAUGAGAAAACGGAAGAUACGUCGAGCAAUGUCGAGGCAGCAGCGUCAGGAAACGGGAACGAGAAAGACGCGAAUGCGAACGAGGACAGGCGACCGUCGCUCAUCAGAAGAAACACAUUCGAACUGGACUCCAACGACGAGAAAUUGUCCGUUCUGAGACAAGAAUACGAGCGCCGGCAGGGCAGUCUGGUCUUUCAAAGCUCCAUUCCGCAAUACUCGGGACACCGCGUGGACGGAGACUCUUUUUGUCCCGCACCUUCCGACACCGUAGUUCCUCCGGUCACCGAGCCGCCAUCGAUUACCUACACGUCCAAUGUACAGAUCACCGCUAAUACUCAGUAUCCAGUAUCGUAUUUAUUAUUAGACAAUUGCAAGUACGAGGUUGAUCAGACUCAAAAACGAGAGAGCUACCUGCAAGACAGUCUCAACAGAUCGUGCAUAGUGUAUCCGGUGACCAAGAGUGCCAGCGAUAAGUCCAUUAUGGACUACACCACGGACUCGGACGACGCGUCCAACCGUUGCAGCAGUAGCUUACCGGUUACCCUGGGCUCUAUCUUGGAGAAGGAUAAUAAUCGAGUGGAGUCCGUGAAAAGAAGCAAAUGUGACGAGGCUACCCCGAUCAUCUCCGGCGGCGUCAGCACUUCGGAUUACUCCAAACCUACGGACAGCCCUACCGUGCGCCGCAAGACGGAGUCCACGCCGAUCGUAUCGGGCGGCUCGGUGAUCAUGAGCAAGUCUGAAGUCAAGAUGAAGCCCACUAAAAUGUCUUCCUCCAUGACCGCCUGGGUGGUCGACAUGAGCGACUGCAACAAGAGCGACCCUAAAUGUCGCGGCAACUCGCGGAACAUGUCGCAGAGUUUCUCCACGUCCGAAUGCGUAAAGAAGCCCGUGCGAAGAUCCAAUAAUAAUGAAAAACAUCACUGUAGCUUAGGAUUCUUCGUCAGUCUGAAGGAUGUGCACGAUCCGGUCGAGCCGGUCGAACGCGAUCACUCGGUUGAAAGGAAGAAGGAACAGUGCAGUAGCGACAGUAGCAAGGCCGAUGGUAACAGCGGCAAGCCUUACUGUGAAUUUUACGUUGAUAUCUCCAACGGGAGCAACGGGGGCGUUAAGGUCAAUCCGCCCGAGAAGCAAGAUACGCGAACAAAAAAUGGCACUUCCAGUGAAGGUGAGAAGAAGAAUAUCUUCUCGAUGUUUAUCGAUCUGAAGGACACGAGCGAGACGAGCCGACGAGGAGACGUUGUGGCUCCCACGCACAAACGAAGCUUCUCGACGGCGGUUGCCAAUAAAGCGGAGGCUAGCAGAACAGUAGACGACAGUAGUCCCAGGGAUAAUAGCAGCGCCACCGGAGACAAUCAGUCGCCGCAGGAGCAAAAGAGAGAGAAAACAAAGCCCAGCCCAGUCUUUAUGUUUAUCGAGUCUGAUUCCCCCGUGGUGAGAAGGCGGACGUUAUCCACGUCACGUCCGACGUUCAAACGACACUCGUGGAAUGUGGAUAAGACGCAACCGGCGAGCAACAGCAACGGAUGCGUGGCGAAGGAGCUCAUGUUUAGAAGAGAGCAUAAGCGCGCACAUAGCAUAUCGAUUGAUAAUCGCGGCGAUUCGAGCCGAUCCCAGGCGAAGACGAGCUCGUCCAGUCACUCGUUGAGCGAUGCUGCCAAGGCGGAGUCUUACAAUCAUAAGAAUUCCAAAACGCUGUUGCAGGAGCGUGAACAUAACUCCAACAACAUGGAUACGUCAUCCGAAGACGUAUUCGAGUUUGAUGUGAGAGACACUCCGCCUAACUCUCACGUAGAAAUCGAGAGCGAGGAGCUUCGCGUUAGCGUGGCGAAUCGGCGCGAGUACAAGGAGAUAAUCACCAGCCAAACGGAGAACCUGGAACCCAAUGAGGCGAAAGCCUACGAAGAUGAGUUCUCGGAGACGUCUGCUUGGGAGAAGACGUGCACCGAGAGCACGGAGGGACAGACGCGUAAGAGCGAGACGUUCGAUAUCAGCAGCGGUAGCGGACCUUCCCCUGACAGUGACAAUCACGAGUACGAAUUGACCGAUGUACUGAAUGGCGAGGUUCCAGCAGCCCCAAUGGUCGUCAGCGACAGAACGCAAAGAGUGCCCACCACAGUGGGCAGCAAUAAAAUCUCGGAGACCCGCAAGUCGUUGAACGAAACCAUUAAGAAAAUCGAGUGCGAAUUAAAAGAGCCAGAGUACAAUAACGAAGGAGCGCAAACUUACGGCUAUCGGCCGUCGAAGAAGGACGAGAAGAUGUCUGGUCGUAAUUCCAAGAGCUUGCACUUAGACACCGAUAAAACGAGUUGCUCCAGCUUCGUGCGUUUGUCGGAUUUAGAUAAGACACCAAUCGUCAAUCAUGCAUCGGAUGUAUUGACGGUAAAGGAUGACAGAAGUACAUAUCGUAUGAGCAGCAGUAUCCCGGAGACAUCGUGGAUUGAGAGCAAGCUGGCGAUGACGAGAAAUACCGGUCCAGUUAGACCGGUAUCUAGGAAACUCGUCUCUGUUAUGAGCACAUCCCUACCGUCAAAACAGAAGUCACCGUUGGAGGAUUUGACUGGUGACUGUGAGGGGGAAGGGAUUAUUUCAGAGUCCGACCUUAGCAGCAUGCAAAGCAGUAUGGGACGUUCCGGAGCGGAAGGCAGUACGGAGGAGACUGAAACAUCAAGUAUCGCCGGUGCAAAGCCAUAUAAUAGAUUGGGUGAGGACUUGUUAAGAAUGUUCUUGGAAGAAAUUAAUCCUGAUGUUACCAUAGAUGUGGCUGGCCGGCACAUAAGAGCACACAAAUGUAUAUUGAGUUCUCGUUGCCAGUACUUUGCUGCGAUUUUGAGUGGCGGAUGGAUCGAGAGUGCAGGCAAUGUUAUUUCUCUACAAGGAUAUUCUUAUAAUGCAGUUCAUUUUGCAUUAUGUCAUAUCUACAGUGGAGAAAGUAAUAUACCAGAUUCCAUAAGUAUCGUUGAAUUAGCGACGUUGGCUGAUAUGUUGUGUUUAGAAGGUCUCAAGGAAGUUAUAGAAUACACGCUUAAGCUUAAAUAUUGUCAUUUAUUUCACAAGCCUUGCCAAAUAUGUGCUGUUGGAGUGUUGGAGUGUAUGCCGUUAGCGGCAGCGUAUGGUUUAGACGAAGUAUAUCGAAAGUCACUAAAAUGGGUUACGAAGCAUUUUGUACGAAUAUGGCCGUGCAAAGCGUUCGCGACUCUUCCGAGAGAGCUUAUGGAAAAGUGUUAUCGACAACAUAUAGUACAUAUGUCCACCGAUAACGUACUUCAAACUAUGAUGGACUGCGAUAAAUUAUUGGCGACUUUGCCUAAUGUACGAUGGGCAGAGCCAGUGUUUCGGCUGGUAUCGAGACUGCUGGAGAAGUCGGUGAAAUUUCUGUCAGAAAAUUUUGUGGGGGUCUUAGGAAAUGAAAAUUUCCAGUCACUCGGUCGUGAACUGACGUGGAACAUUAGUCGCUUAGAGGAUAAUUUUCUAGCAGCCGUCGAGCAAUUGCCGCCCGAACAAGCGUGCAAGAGUUACUCGAAGCUGAACAAGAUGUUACUCGCAUCGCAGACGGAUGAUCUUCAAGAUAGGAUCAAGUGGGGACCGUUGUUUGUCGAUUUUCUACACAAACUUCAAGGUCGCGUGGAGAAGUGUCUGGUGCGUGACGCGGCACAUGCCGCAAGGACUACCACGUGGCUGAAAAUGGACUUGGAGCUUCGCAGGAGGAUACAAGAAUUGGCUUGUAUCGUGAUCCUGCCUAAUGAGACCUCGAAGCGUCAAUCUAAACCUUUGAAUUUCUCGAAAGAACCUCAAGCACCACCACCUAAUCGCUCGACUAUAAGUCGUAGUUUAGAUUUAAAACGCUUCAAAAUGGCGAUCUCGGAGCACAAUGACAAAACUUUGAAGCAAGCUCCAUCGUCCAAACAAUCGAAAAAAAUCCUGUGUAAACCGAAAACAGAUCCACUUGAACGUAAAAUGCAAGAGGAUAAGCAAGUUACUAAUGAAACCACUCGACCAAAGUCGUGGCCCAAUAAGAUGGAGUGCCAACAAUUACAGGUGAAAUCAAGAUAUUUAGAACCAAGGAACAAAUCAGUUCCGAAGGAGAGUGCACCUACGGCGCAUCAUGAUAAAAUCAAUGUACAUCCACGACGCAAAAUUAUGAUCUCAUCGUCAGACUCGUCGCGCACUUCCAGUCCAGCGAUGAAACGAGCAUCCGAUAAAAAGCCACUGGCUAAAAUAAAGUUACCAGUGAAGAAGGACGUAAAGGCCCUCUCGUCGGAUAGUCUAACGGAGGCAAAUGCGAGUCGAACCGCGACUGGUAACAAAAAAGACUUGAUUAGUAAGAGCUGCGGCAUCACGAGACCCGAGUCCCCUUCUUUCAAACAGAAAAACACCGAAAUAGGUUUAUCGGUUGACUCCUUGGAAACCAAGACCAAGCCGAUUGUUACUAAGAAGAAGGUUAACAAGAUGGACACAUCUAUGUCAACCGAUAGUCUUAUGACGGAGAUAACGGCGACUCCGAAAUCUAACGUGUCCAAUAAACUGUCACCUACGUUGGCAAAAGUUACGGGCAAGACACAAACUUACGAUAGGACGAAGAAAAACUCGCCACCGACGCAGCAGAGAAGCCCGUUAACAAUCACCAAGAGGCAACCGAGAUCACUGGAAAGCUCUACCGCCGCCAGUCGCAGUAGAGCCGCCGCUAUUAGCGCAUAUCACGGUUCACCGAGUUUACGAAGAAGCUUGCUAGAUGCUGCCAGGACACCGGAUGUUCCUAGCAAGCCAGUUAACACGGUGACUCCCCUUAGGGCACGACAGAUCGCGCAAUCGAACGUUCUUCCCAAUACAAGGAGAGAGAGGAAGGAGACGCAGAAUUCACAAAGCUCCGAUAGUCCCAGUAAGAAGUCCUCUCCGAAAUCCAGCGUUGCUAUCAGCAAGACGAAUAAAUCGACAGUCGCCGGUAAGAGAACCGUUAACGGUAAAGCCGACGAUAAGGUGAAAAGGUGCCAUAAUGGGGAGACGCAGAAGCAACCCACAGUGGGUUCGAGAUCCGGCACGUUUCUCAAGGAUGAACCCACGAUACUUAAGAAGGUAGACAUUAAGUCGUCGCAAAUUAAUACUUAAUGCUAUUAAAAGCUGGAUAAUCGAACUGGUAGAAUGCGCAUUGUCGACGAGAUAUUUCUAUCUGUGUACUCAUACUGGAAAGUAUCGCACAUUAUAAGAAAUCUGUUAUUUAAGAAUAUUAGAUUAAAUAUAUUGUCACUUGAAUGAUUUCACUAACAUGAAAUCAUUGUAACUAAAUUUGUAAGGUAUUCGGAAAAAUCAUCUUGCAUCGUGUGUACCAUGUUUACAUAUAAUUUACAUAUAAUUCCAACGUAUCAGUUGUUUUUUACAAAGAUAUACAUUACCUCUGUGUUAACAAUCAUAGAUUAUUUGUCAUCAAUAUUUUAUAACUUGUACAUUCUUGCAAUUCUAUGCUUUAAUACAACCUCAUUUAUCACACGUUUAAGAUAUUUAAUAUACGUCGACAAUAUGCAUUAAAUUUUUUUUUUUUUACAUAUACUUAAUGAAUGCUGAUUGUGUGAUGAUGGACUGUCGCUAGUAACUGCGAACGUGAUAAUUCCAAUUGGGGAAUCGUAUUAUAUGUAAGAUAGAAAUAUAAUUCUAAUUUAAAGAUGCUUGGGAUUAUCGUUAAAGAAAUAUGAUCGAGCUGCAUUUACUGGUUAAUUAGGAAAUGUGCUAUGAUUAUCUUUCGUGACAUUAAGAACGGUAAUUCAUACGAUAGACAAUUUUAAUAAUUUUUCAGUAAACACUUUAAUACUUCCUGCUUAUUUAACAGUAUAAUAAUUCAAAUCAUGAAAUUUCAUUGGCGAAUAAUCGAAUAUAUAGAUGAAUAUAUUCAAAAAGAAAAUAUAUCAGCUAUUUGUUCUUCGUGUAAUCCGCACUCGAUCUUUACGCAGAAAAAAUUCAUUAUUGGUUUUCAAGAAAUCUAAAUUCUUUUAUUUUAUUUUUUAGU